GGUUGAUGUUCAGUGUGACGUAUCACGAAUAGAGGAGGUAUCCAACAACUUUCAGCCAAACCGUACAAUCAUACACGAAAACCAACAUGUCAGUUCGUCCUCGCACUACAAGUCUGAUGUUUCGUUCUUUACUGAUGGAACAUUCUACCAACAAAUACAGGGCAAUCCUAUAACAUUGAAAACAGGUGAAAACGUUUAUGUAUCUGUGAAAAUGAACUCAGAUGAUGUCCAAGUGAAAAUGCGACUACACACAUGUUACACUAAACCAGAUCCAAAUGCUGAUGCGACACUCACAUAUCCACUGAUAGAAAACGGUUGCGUGGUUGAUCCGGAUACACAUAUCCUCUCCCAAGGGACGCACGAGACUCGGUUUGUGUUCAACGCCUUUGAGUUUCCGAAAAGUCAUAACAGCGUGUAUAUAUUCUGUAACUCCACGUUCUGCAAGACUACAGAUACAAGCGAUAGAUGUACUCAGAUAUGCCAUGGUUCACCUGCACUUGUUGGGCGUUCUUUCGGGACCUGGGACUACUAUGUCGGCAGCUUUAAACGACUGUUGAACAUGUACAGCGACAAGCAGGAAUAUAUCAAACUAUAUAAACUUUCUUAAACUGAUGAUAUGUCGAACUGAAGCUUUAGAUGUAGCAUUAAAUGACAUACACUA